AUGUUAACUCUCAUUUAUAAAAAUAAAUUAGAAGAAAUCUACCCUUACAUCACUACUGCAUUGAGAAUGUUUCUCACAUUGCCUGUCACAGUGUCAUCUGGAAAACGAAGUUUCAGCAAACUCAAAAUCAUCAAAAACUACAUGAGAAGUACAAUGGGACAGGAACACAAACGAGCAUUCCUUGUUAAUUUUGAUGAUGUAAUCAAUACAUUUGCAGCUAAAAAAGCUAGAAAAACUUAUUUUUAA